AUUUGAAAUACUUUGUUUACGUAACGUUCAGAAGCAGCACGGCAAAACGCAUUCAAUUUAUUUUGCCAAGAGAAAUUGAAAAACAUCAAUGAAAUGAGUUCUACUCAUCUACAAAGGGUACGCGUUUUAUACAAAACGAUAUUAAGGCUGCACAGAGGUUUACCAGAAGCAUUGCAACCUCUCGGCAAUCAGUAUGUAAGAGACGAAUUUCGGAGGCACAAAACCUGUGGCGAACCAGAAGCUAAAUUGUUUAUGCAUGAAUGGACGGACUACGCUAUUCAAUUGGCCAACCAAUUAGGACUGAAAGGAAAACCAAAAACUAUCGACACUUUGGGCAAUGAUAUCGAUACAGCGAAGUUAGGAGAUUUCAGAGACGAGCAAGUUGUUCAACUGUAUGAAUUACUGCUGGCAACGAAAGGACUAAACGAAGAAGAACAGGUUACACAAAAUGAGAAAAAUGAAAAAUAGUAAAUUUUAUUUUUGUAGGUAUUUAUGGGAUGUUAACAUCACCUAUUUAUGUUAAACAAUAAACGUACAAAAGUGGAA